AAAAAAAAAAAAAAAAAAAACUCAACAUGAACAAUAAUCACCCUGCUGGCUCCAACUCGGGGUCCUUCACUGACACAAUCAAGGGUUAUGUUAACACAGCCAUAGCUAAGGGUCAAGACGCUAUUCAUAAGGCUCAAGACCAGCUCGGACAUGCUACCGGGCACUCUCAUUCGACAACCCAUGGCGACAGUGCUGGGGCCGGACACACUAUUCAGCAACAGCACUACGGCGCCGGCAACUUGGGUAAUCCUACAUACACCGGACCCCAGACAAACGAUGCUUUUGCUGAGGUUAACCAGUUCAACGCUGAAGCUUCCAGAGCUGGCCAGACUGCUCAGCAACAGAACUACGGCGGCAACAAUUUGACAAACCCCACACACACUGGAUCCCAGGCAAAUGAUGCUUUUGCUCAGGUUAACCAGUUCAAUGCUGAAGCCUCCAGAGCUGGACAGGCUUCUCAGCAACAGAGCUACGGUGGCGGCAAUUUGGCUAACCCUGCACACACCGGUCCUCAGACGAAUGAUCCUUUCGCUGAGGUCAAUCAGUUCAAUUCUCAAGCCUCUAAACAAUAAAGAGUCAAUUGGACAAUAAGUCAACGAGACAAGCUAGCCUAACAAGUCCUUUCCAGCCGUAAAAGCCUUGCUCAUAAUCUA